GCCCGACCUGGGUGGCUAGUUAUAGAGGAAUGGUGUUAAACACAAGCAGAUGAUUCUGACAUCUAAGCGGGUUUGAUAACUUAACACACCAUGAAUUUACUGCCAACCAACCCGCACGGUAAUGGACUCUUGUAUGCUGGAUUCAACCAGGAUCAUGGAUGCUUUGCAUGUGGAAUGGAAAAUGGAUUUAGGGUGUACAACACAGAUCCUCUCAAAGAAAAGGAAAAGCAAGAGUUUCUUGAGGGAGGAGUUGGUCAUGUUGAAAUGCUGUUUCGAUGUAACUACCUUGCACUUGUUGGAGGAGGCAAGAAACCCAAGUAUCCACCUAAUAAAGUAAUGAUCUGGGAUGACCUUAAGAAAAAGACCGUGAUCGAGAUCGAGUUUUCUACAGAAGUCAAAGCUGUUAAGCUACGGCGAGACCGAAUUGUGGUGGUCUUGGAUUCAAUGAUCAAAGUCUUUACGUUUACACACAACCCUCACCAGCUGCAUGUCUUUGAAACGUGCUACAACCCCAAAGGUCUGUGCGUCCUCUGUCCGAACAGCAACAACUCGUUGCUCGCGUUUCCUGGUACCCACUCCGGACACGUCCAGAUAGUAGACCUUGCCAACACAGAACGGCCUCCGGUGGACAUCCCUGCCCACGAGGGAGUGCUGUGCUGCAUUGCACUUAACCUCCAGGGCACACGGAUAGCCACAGCUUCUGAAAAAGGGACUCUGAUUAGAAUAUUUGACACGUCGGCAGGACAUCUAAUUCAAGAGCUCAGACGAGGAUCACAGACUGCAAACAUAUACUGCAUUAACUUCAAUCAAGAUGCGUCGCUCAUCUGUGUGUCGAGUGACCAUGGAACCGUUCACAUAUUUGCCGCCGAAGACCCCAAAAGAAACAAACAGUCAAGCUUGGCCUCAGCCAGUUUCCUUCCCAAGUAUUUCAGCUCUAAGUGGAGUUUCUCCAAGUUCCAGGUCCCCUCUGGCUCGCCCUGUGUCUGUGCCUUUGGAACCGAGCCCAAUGCAGUCAUAGCCAUUUGUGCUGACGGCAGCUACUACAAGUUCCUCUUCAACCAAAAAGGGGAGUGUUCCCGGGACGUAUACGCUCAGUUUCUGGAAAUGACCGACGAGAAGAUCUGAGCGCAGAUCCUACCUGGAUGUCAUUGUUUUUUUCCCUCCCUCCUGACAUCUGUCAGCGGACAUACUGUAUGUGGCAUUCCUGACUUUUGCCUGUUUUGGGGACUGUUUAAAAAAACAAAGAAGACUGAGAGACGUGUAAGCUUACUUGUUUUUUUAUGAAGUUGAAGGACACUCUGAUCAAGCAGUGAAUGGAUGAAUGAUUGAAUUAAAAGACUGAGUGAAGGCACUCAUUCGUUGGGGUAAGAAGAGGGACACUAUUUUUUGAGUAACAGCGAGUGCUUUUUAAAGGUCUUCCAUGAUAAUCGCUGUUUUUAAGCUUACAGAUGCAGACAGAUGAGAGAUGUUCGUCCACUGAUUAACCUUGUGUCAUGAUGGAAGAGGAGUCAUGAGUGUAUGCAUAUUCAUCAGUCAUAGAAGUAUGUAUGUAAAAAUAUUGGUGUUAGUGACUCUUUUACUUGUGUUAAUGCAGAAUGCCAGGCAGAACUAACAGUGAGGGAAAAUUAUAUUUGUUUUUGCUACUUAUAUAAAUGUAAUCUUUUAAUUUCCUCGCAAUAGUAGGGAGCCAGAUCAUUUAAUUGAAAUGAUUUAC